GGAGGUUCUCUUCCAUCAGCCAUGUUCAAAUAAUUUUUCAAUUCUCCCUUUUAUUUUUCUUGCAGAGAACACCGGAGAACGCACUCGGAGAUCAAUGUCCAUAUGGCCAUCCGUGACUUCAAGACAACUUGAAGCGUGAAAAUCAGUCCGAUUUGUGUUAGAGGUGACUAGAACAGUAGCCAGAAUUUCAUAUAAGCAUUGUUAUUGUUGUCACAGAAAAGCAAAGCAGUCAGAGCAUCAUGGCUCGUGAAAAUGUGAUGUGUUUGGCAGGUUGUGUGUGAAGUUUGCAAAUUUAAUUAUGAAUUCACGUGCAAAUCAGAGCGGAUACAGAUUUGCAGAUUAUUUUGUUAUUUGUGGUCUAGAUCUGAAUUCUGGAUUGGAGCCGGAUCGUUUAAACGUUUGAUGACAAGAAGUUGUAAUAUUUCUUCUAGUUCUCAGUUUCAUCGAAAACACUCAUGGUCUCAUGAUUCUGACUCUAUUCCAGACAUAUCUGGUUUAAUUAGCUCUUCUUGUUCUGUUUCCCGAUCCUCUCGUGCAGAUACCUUGCAGAAGAUUGUGACUAUUGUGCAACAAUCAG